CGCAAGCACAAACGACAAACAUAAUUUCAUAUAUUUUGUAAAAAAUAUUUUAUACAAAUACUAUUGAUAUACUACAAUAACUGUGAGGUAUUUCGUCUCCAAUGGAUGAUCUUCUAGAUGAUGAUGAUCUGGACUUUGACAGCUUAGAUGAAAGCGAUCUCUCCUUCAAAAGAAAACGUCCUACAGAGGCAUCAUGGGAUAGCGACGAUGAACUGUUACAAGAAGACCACAUUCCAGUCAAAAAGACAAAAACCACAUUAUCCGAUGAUGAGUUAGACGAAGAUGCUCUCCUUGGAGACAGUGACAAUGAAGAUUUCUCAACAUAUGACGGUACAGCUGAAGGAAAAGGGCCAGGGGAACAGACAGAGGAUUCUGCGCCUGUAGAAGCCGCUAAUGUAGAAACUAAUGAUGAGUCAUAUGAGUAUGGGGUCGAUGACCAGACCAACGAGCAGACUGAAUUUGUCGGUGGUGAUGCAGGUGGCUACGAUGAACAGUUGGUUGACGAGAUUGAUGAAUACCAGGGAGCUGAGGAUCACACGGGUGAGCAAACCGGGGUUGGGACCAGCGAAAUCUCAGCGGUGUUGGACAAUACAGAGUCAGAGGAAUGGGGCGGCGAGGACGGGGAAGCUGCUGUGGGCGGAGACUAUGAGGAGGAGGAGGGGGAAGAACAAUACCAGGAAGAGGGUGGAGACAACUUUGAGGAAGAGGGCCGAGACAACUUUGAGGAAGAGGGCGGAGACAAUUUUGACGAAGGAUACAACGAGGAUGUAGCUGCUGAGGAUGAGGAGGAGAUUGCCGUUGAGGAUGAAGAUGCCGCAUUACUGGAGGAUGCUAUUGAGUUAGAGCCAGGCAUGGAUGACAUCUUAGACAUUGAGGACUUUGAUGACAGUCUAAUUGACGAAGUCCCAGAAGACAAUACCAUGAGUGGUAGAACAGCUAAACUUGCUUCCUCAACACCCAAUGUACCGGUGAGAGAAAAACCGGCCUCAGUUGUAGAAGUGUCCAAACCUAAAGAACAGGUUUCAUCUCAACCGAUUCAUUCAGAAGAAAAAGAAGAUGAGGAAGGCUCAGACACGAAGGAGGACAUACCAUCUAGUGACUCGGACGAAGAUGAGGACGAUGAUAACACAAGAGCAAGGUUCAAAUCGGAGCGGCGGCCGGUAGCCGUCAAAGUCGGUGGCGCGUCAAAGAGGAAAGACAUCCCUGAGACACUAGAGAUUACCGCCGGAGUUCAGCAAACGCUGGACGACUACGCCCGCCAAAAAGAAGAGCAACAAUGGGGCAAAAGGAAUAGAGGGCGUGGCGGACGGGGUUUCCGAGGCAACCGCGGCAACCAUGGCAACCGUCACCAAGGCCCACCACCCAUGAUGGGAAUGCAUCAGGGCAACAUGGGACCUCGUUUCCCUGGUCACAUGGGACCGGCCGACAUGCCCCCGAGACCUGCUUUCCAGAAUCAGGAGGUGGUUCGUGGGCCGCCGGCCGGACAUUUACGUGGAGGGAGGUUUGAUUUUGAACCCUAUCAACCAGGGAAGGGUUCGCCCCACCAAGGGGCCCAGGGAUCUGGACAGGAACCAUUCGGAUCAAACCAGGGAGGUCAAAGGUCAUCCUCGCCCCAUACGCAGGCACCUCCAGCACAGCAGCCCAGUCAGCCUGGUGCCGCGCCUACUUCUCAGCCACAGACGUCAGUCAGUAAGAAGAUCCACAUUAACCCCCACUUCAAGGGUCAGGUGCAAGUCCCAUCUCAACAAGUCGCCCCUCAAGCAGCUCAUCCACCAGCAGUCCACUCCUCGGCUCCUACCCACUCCCAGUACCAGCCCCCUUCCACAGUCUCCACCCACUAUCAACAACCCUCAAACCCUUACCCUAACCAGUACUCUACUCAGCCCUACUCUCAGCAUGGUGCAGUACAGGGGCAACCUCCACAACCCAUGCAGACGCAACCCACCUCUCAUUCACAGGGACCACGCCCACUGAUGGAGCAACAACAUCCAGCCAGUUACAGGGACCCAAACCACCACCACGGAGAUCAACAAUCCGGACAAUGGAUGCCGCCAUCAAGCCAGCACCCAACGUCAGCAUCCUGGACCCAGCCUGGUCGCCGUAGCCCGGUGUCGGUCACAUGGAGCCACCAACAGGGUCCGCCAAGGCGAGAGUUUGAUGGCCACCAGCCCCAUCAACACUCGCAGCAGUUUAACAGAGCCCAGACGCCACAAGAGCGUAUUCCGCCACACCAACAGUUCCAGGCACCGAGGGGGAUGCAACCAAACCAAAUGCGCCCCCACAGUGAGCCCCAACACCAGGGUGGACCAGGACCCCAUCAACAAGGCCAGCCUUACCAUGGGCAAGGACCUCAGUCAGCCAGACAAGGUUCAGAUCAGCGGUACCCCACUCCUAGUAACCAGCAACCAGGGCAGUUCACAUCUCAGCAGCACCGCCCUCAAGGCUCUAGCGUCCAACCCUCGCCGACCCCGAAUCAGGCCAACAAGGGCAAUAUACUCCCGUCUCCGAAGCGGCUGAUCGAAGAGGCCUCCAAAAAGGCUCCAAAUACUAAGCAAGUCAAAGGAGAGAUUGACGAAGACGCGGAGACGCGGAAACUACGCAUCCAGCUGGAGGAGCAGAAGAAACUGCGAGAGAUGAUACUCAAGAGGAAGGAGGCAAGGAGACAGCAGCUAGCUGCUUCUAAGCAGGCCGAACUCAAGAAACGCCUCUCCACUAAGAGGGGCAAGUCAUCUUCAGAGUCUUCAGAUACUAAGAAGACAAACCGUGAACAGAAAUCAACGCCGCAGAAGCAACAGCAACGGCCCAAUUCCUCGCAGUGUGCUGCUGGAACGCCAGGUCCGAGGCAACCGACAACGACGCAGCAACCACCAAACCAGGCUGGCAACCGAGCCACUUCUUCAGCCUCAAACAGGAAUAACAGUGCACAAUCUCAGCAGUGGGCUGGUGGUCCCGAGCAGCCCAGACCCAUGACCCAACCAAUCAGACAUGACGCCUCACCCCUCCUGAAGCAGGAACCUCCCACUCAACUGUUUCAGCAACAGACCUGGCAACAGCAGCAGAACGUCAAGGUUUUGGUGGACAUGGACCCUCAGCCUAUUCCUACAGUAGGAGCUGGCGGCAGAGUGCAACCUCAGCAAUCAAUAGGUGUUGUUGGCUUGGCCAAUAGGGCACCAACUGGGCAGGUCAGAAGUCAGCAUCCAGGUCAAGUCAGAGGUCAACAGCCAGGUCAGAUCAGAGGCCAGCAUCCGGGUCAGAUCAGAGGUCAACAGCCUGGUCAGAUCAGAGGUCAACAGCCAGGUCAGAUCAGAGGUCAACAGCCAGGUCAGAUCAGAGGUCGGCAUCCAGGACAGAUCAGAGGUCAGCAUCCAGGUCAAAUCAGAGGUCAACAGCCGGGCCAGGUCAGAGGUCAACAGCCGAGCCAGGUCAGAGGUCAGCAUCCAGGUCAGAUCAGAGGGCAACAUCCAGGUCAGAUUAGAGGUCAACAGCCAGGUCAGAUUAGAGGUCAGCAACCAGGGCAGAUCAGAAACCAGCAUCCAGGUCAGAUCAGAGGUCAACAUCCAGGUCAGAUCAGAGGUCAGCAUCCAGGUCAAAUUAGAAGUCAACAUCCAGGUCAGAUUCGAGGUCACCAACCAGGGCAGAUCGGAGGUCAAAACCCCAGUCAAGCUAGAGGACAGCGACCUCAAGGUCCUCCAAAUAACAUGGGGCGAGGCAGAGGCAGAGGGCAGCCUCGGCAGAGGUUUCCAGGACCAAGAAUGGGGCAGCCACAGGGGAAUGGACCUCGACCCCAAGGCCCAAGACCUCUUGGUCAGGGAGGGCUUCAAUUCAGAGGUCCCACACCACAAGGUAUGGCACCUAGACCUCAGGGACCAGGCACACCUCAAGGAGGACCCAUGCCACAGAAGAGAUCUGUUAAAGACAGGAUAGGAUUACCACAGAAAGGACCUGCCCCAACUCAACAAGCAGCACCCCAACAGGCACAACGUCGUGUCGUCCAACAGCAGUCCCCUCAACAAGCCCAGAAAACGACCACCUUCCAGGGCGCUGGUAGCAACCAGCCUGGCCAGCCUGGAAACAAAAGGACAGUUGUACAGAACUUGAUACCGCAGCAGCGGCUGCUGCAGCAGAAGCAGCAGCAGCGCUUGGCGCAGCGUCCUCAAGGUGGUGCCAAACAGCAGGUGAGGGUGCUCCCGCCGCAGCCGCAGCGGGUCGUCAAGCAGAUGUCUGCGGAGAGCCCUCAGGUGGUCAGGGGUCCGCUGGGGAUCCUGAUCGACGGACUGUCGGCGUCGACCAAUAAGAAGAACCUGAUGAAGAUGAUGCAAUCCUGUGGACCAGUCAAGACUAUGGAGAUUGUUGCCAGUGAGAGGAGAGCUUAUGCCAAAUUCUGCCGUCCAGAAGAUGCCAUGACUUUCCAGACGAAGUUUCACAGGCACAUGAUUGAUCUGGCCACCAUCAGCGUGAGUCUGAUCCCAGACUGAGUCCACCAGACUACUCCCUUCCCUCACUGCAAAGCCACUCCUCCAAAAAGACUGCAUCAAUUGAGUGACACACUGCAAUCUACCUGAUGGGAGGGCAAUAUCAACUAGCGCACCAUUCACGUCACUGGCAAGCAGAGUAGAACAUGAGCAGUGCAAUACCGUCAAGAGCACCAUCUGGCUCAGUGGUAUGAUUUUUGUUUGUUAAUAGGCAGGCAAAUUUUGUCGUUUCUUGAUUGAUAUUUAUGAAGUAAAUUUCUCUGCAUUAUCUCUGCUCAUUUGUAGUGUUUUAUGUGUGUUUGUUGUGAACAAAGGUUGACGUAUCGUCAGCACUCCUACUGUAAACAUAAAAUAAAUAAGUGUUCCCAAUGCACAUGGGAACUGGGUGCUUAAUGUGUUGAUAUGUUGUCAUGGCAAUGGGAGGUUAUUCUCUGGUUGCUAAGGUGGAUGAGGUGGAAAGGUUAGGAUGGUUUCGCAGACAGAGAGAGUAUGCUACUGCAAAGAUUUUACAGCAAAACGUGAAACUCCAGAGUACUUCAUCAAGAACCUCUUUUUUGCAUGUCGACUUGUGGAUUGAGCGUACUUUAGAAUGUGCUGUCAUCGUUUUGAGAGCUACGUUUGUUUGAACGCUAAAUGGAAAUUGUGAUGGAAACUGUAAGGAGCGUUGGACUCUUAGACUGUUAAUCUGCAAAUGUUCAGUUCAUUGAUGCGGCGAGGGCUGAUUUUUAAAUAACUGAAGAACUGUUGUGAGAUGUUUUUAAUAAGUGGAACAGAAAUGAACUUCUGAACAAUGAUGGGCAACCAUAAACUAUUUGAACUGCUUUGAACAUUUAAAAAAAAGUUAAAGCUGUUUUCUAACAAAUCAAGAGUUCAAAGCAAGGCCGUAAGGAAAUAGAGUGCACAACAAACAAAAAAUUCAAGUCGACCAACAAUACUUUCAAGAACACGGGCGAGAUUUUUAAGGAAGUCGGCAAGUGGUUAGAAAUUUGAAGGCUUCUUGUAUAUUAAUCCAGAAUGGUGGAUUCCAAGAAAGCCAGGUUGUACAAGCUGGGAGGAAUUUGAAGCAAGCCAUUUGGAAAGUUCAAGCAAGCCUGCAAGAUUGUCAAGGCAAGCAAGUUGGACUCCAAGCAAGCAAGUUGAAACAACAAGGAAGCAAGCAGGCAAGAAUGUCAAGGCAACCACGUUUGAUACCAAGCAAGCAUGGCGGAGCUUCAAGUAGGCAAGUGUGAAUUUAAAGGCAAGCCAGUUGGAUUUCACAACACCAUGUUAGCCAGGUUGAGUACAAGCCAUUGUUAAUAUCAAACCAAUGUACAAGCCAGUUUCAAGGUAUACACCAAGUUCAGUGCAAGCCUGCAAGCCACCACCAGGCAGUGUACAAGCCAAUGUACAAGCCAAUGCCAAUACACAAGCCAAAUUCCUUGCAAGCCACCAAGCCACCGCCACAUUGUUCACCAGUGAUCAAUGAAACUGAAAAGCUUCCAAUGAAAUCAACCAAAAUCCAACACCAGCAGCCAUGUGGACCUCAAGAUAAACAGGACAUCUACUAUCGAUGGACACACCUCACGACCUUUGACUUUACGGAUGAAGUCUAGCAAACCCUGACUCUGACAAACUUACAACUCAAAUGUCAUCUUUAAGGACCAUUAGGAAUGUGCUUUUUAACAAACACAAUAGUGCUCUCACAGCAGUUACCAGCCGAUUUGACCCAGUUUUUACAAGCUGGAAAUGAGCCAUUCAGUUUGUGCAUGUUUACACUACUAUCACUAGCUACAACCUUGGACAAAAACGUAUCCUACAAGAAUCACUCAGAUUUGCUGCCCCUUCAAAAGUUCCCCACAGACCUUUAUGAUUUUCGAAAGGAAGUGGCCCUCUGUAAAAUGAAACUGACCUUGCUCCAUUUAAGAUGAAGUUCUAGACCUGUUAUAUGUAAAAAAGCUGUGCCUGUCCCAUGGUUGGUGUUGCCAUACACUUAUCAGUCUAUCAAGUUCCUGCAAAACUAUAGAACAUGUUUGGAGGUAAUAGGCCAGCUUGGGAGCAAUGGUAAUCUAUGGGGUUUUAUAUAAGCAAAUGAUUGCCUGGUUCAAUUCUGUAUUAUGAAAAGUACACCCAGGCCUUUAAUUAACAAUUGCCCUGUGCUUUUGCUGUGGUGCCCUUUUGAAAAGCUGGAAUACAAAUUCAAAUUCUCUUAGAGUGCCCCUUACCAGAAACCAAAUUGCUGUGCCCCUUCAAAAGUGAAGUUGAAGGCCUGUACAGCUGAAGACUUUUGGAUCAUACUGUUUGAAAUGCCUAGAUUUAUCACAACUCUGGACCUUUCUCAGAACCACUGGUUCUUUCAAACUAGUUUAUUUCUCAAAUGUCUACAUACACCGAUUGAUAAUCAGGAAGUCGACAGAGAACCCUAAUACAAUGACAAAUUGAAAACUCUGGCAAGAGCUUCUGGGGAUUGUACAAUUUUAUGUUUGACUUUUUGCUUAAUAUCGGGCGAAAGUGUCUGGGAAAUUCUAGCAUGAGUUCUCGAAGGGGUGUCCCCUGAAAAAUUUGGGCCGUCUUUUGAAGAAAAAAAAAAACAUUUUAUUUUUAUGAAACAUGAUGUACAGUUGCUGUGAAUGAAAUGCCAUAAAUAUAAAAUAAAAUCAAAGUACUAAUCCCAAAACCUUAAAAUGGACUCACUCAAUGGAGUUGAUAGAUAUUUCCCAACUCCACAAAAAAAACCUUGCCUUCGUCUUUGGGAGUAGGAAGUAGGCAAAAGGAAUUCUGCCAUUUUAUCGGGUUUG